ACAAAGCUGGGUAACGGGGCACAGAGGUGGAUUUGGAGAAAGUGUCACCUAGGAUAUUUCUGUACCCCCCAGAGAGGGAGCUGCUGUUGUGUUACUGAUGGUCCUGCACGCGUCUCAGAUUCUGGAAGAAUAUUGUCUGCAACAAAUGAGGAAAUAAAGAGACGACUUUUAUUUUGGGCACAGGUUUUUCUUUCCUGGUAGAAGUGUACCUUUGUCAGAUGUGCUGCUAUUACACGGCCCGGGGACAGAGCUGAGACUGAGGGUGGUGGUGGUGGUGCUGAGUCGGGUAUAUGUGGAUUUCUUUGGAAAUAUCCAGCUGUAGGUGCUCUGGUUAAUCAUGAUGGUCCAUUGCGCUGGCUGUGAGAGGCCCAUCCUGGAUCGUUUUCUUCUCAAUGUCCUGGACCGGGCUUGGCAUGUGAAAUGUGUCCAGUGUUGUGACUGUAAAUGUAACCUUACAGAGAAGUGUUUCUCCAGGGAAGGCAAACUCUACUGCAAGACCGACUUCUUCAGGAGAUUUGGUACAAAAUGUGCUGGGUGCUCCUUGGGGAUCUCCCCCAGUGACCUAGUGAGGAAAGCCAGAAACAAAGUGUUCCACUUGAAUUGUUUUACCUGUAUGGUCUGCAACAAGCAGCUUUCUACUGGCGAGGAACUGUACAUUAUAGAUGAGAACAAAUUUGUCUGCAAAGAAGAUUAUGUGAGCACAAGCAGCCUGAAGGAAAGCAGCCUUAACUCAGUGUCCUCUUGUACAGACAGAAGUUUAUCACCAGAUCUUCAAGACCCCAUACAGGAUGAAACUAAAGAGACAGAUCAUUCCACAUCAUCCGAUAAAGAGACUGCCAAUAAUGAGAACGAGGAGCAGAACUCUGGUACCAAAAGAAGAGGACCUAGGACCACUAUUAAAGCAAAGCAACUAGAAACCCUCAAGGCUGCGUUUGCAGCUACUCCAAAACCCACAAGGCAUAUUCGAGAGCAAUUAGCCCAAGAGACAGGGCUCAACAUGCGGGUGAUUCAGGUAUGGUUCCAAAACAGGAGAUCCAAGGAGAGGAGGAUGAAGCAGCUCAGUGCUUUGGGUGCCAGAAGACACGCUUUCUUCAGAAGCCCCAGACGAAUGAGGCCAUUAGGAGGGAGACUUGAUGAAUCAGACAUUCUCGGGUCUGGCCCUUACAGCUACUAUGGAGAUUACCAAGGAGAUUAUUAUGGAAGUGGAAACUAUGAUUUUUUUCCUCAUGGGCCUCCAUCCUCACAGACACAAUCCCCGGCCGAUUCCAGCUACCUACAGAAUUCAGGGCCUGGUUCAACCCCACUGGGUUCUCUAGAACCCCCAUUAUCUGUUCAUCACCCCUCAGAAAACCAAAGAUAUGCGGACAUGAUAUCUCACCCUGAUACGCCCAGCCCAGACCCUGGCAUGACUGGCUCUCUACAUCCAAUCUCUGGGGAAGUUUUCGGCAGUGGUCCAAGUCCACCAUUUUCUAUGUCUAGCAAUAGUGGCUUUAGUGGUCCUCUACCCCAUCAGAACCCUGACAUUAAUGAGGCCACAGUAUGGUAAUAACUAGCACCUUGGGAGAUACACUUACUGUCUUCAUUGACCAACUUUCCUUUGGUUUUCAUGUCAUCUAUUCAAACUGAUAGGACAAAGACUUGAUCCUGGAAAUGGUAGCAUACAAGCUGUCCUGGAGUACCUCCUGCGCUUCAAUAUCAUGUUCCUUUCUGAGCUGAAAAUUAAAAAAUAUUCUGAUAAAAGGGGUAAAGUGAUAAAACCCAAAGCAAGAAGUACAAAUAGAACCAAAAUCCACCUCCCUGACAGAUACAGAUAGACCUCUAGCCUGUCUCCUUACUACUCAUCCCAAAGUACUGGACCAUCUAUCCAGAUGAGGGACAUCAUUGGGACCAACAUGGCACUGAAACCAAAAUUCACCUCCAUGGCUGUUCAAGAGUAAACUGCCUCCUCCCCUGUAGUGACUAAAAGCUGGCGAAACAACUAGUCUACCACAUGGAAUGGGACCAAUUUUCUUACCCUAACUUUGUUUUACUUGGUAUUUGUGUCUUCUGAGCUUGGUCCAAAAGAUAAUCAAAUGAAGGAACCAUUUAGAACUCAGAUUACUAGCAAAUAGCUUGUAUCCCAAAUAAUAUAUUUUAUUUUGAGUUUGAGAAUCCUUUAUAGAAUUUUAUAUUUAAAAAAACAGAAACAAAUUGUGUAAUCAGCCUCAAAAUGUUACUGUCACCAGAGGGCCAAAGAAUGGCCUUCUAACUCUACUUUUUUUUUUUUUUUUCCAGUGAUAAAGAUAUAUCUUUUUUUUCUUAUGCAUUAACUGUCAUGAUGGGCAGGUUUUUUGAAGCAAUAAGAAGUGUUAGUUGAAAUGUACAUGCUAAUGAAAAGUAUUGGGUUUAGCUACUGCUCUCACUCUAAGUUUUUGCAUUGAUUAAAUUCUUAGCUGGCAUUAACCCAGCCUGCUUAAGAAAUGGGUGUCAAAUACAUGACCCUUAUGUUCUUACUACUUGGGGAUAAAAUGCGAUGGAAAUGAAAAACGAAAAAAAAAAGAAAAUCCUAAAAGUAAUUCUAGACAUUUAAAUUGAUCUGACUAAUGUAUACCAGCAAUAUGGUGUUAGGAUGCCCUCUAGUGGUAACUUUGUAGGCUAAGUCUUUCACUCACUGAUUUUAACGAUCAGCAAAAUGACACUUUAAUGUAAUAACCAUGCACCUCACAGAAGAUGUGCAAGAUAUGGCAAGCUGUUUUUUUCUGUUCUAUUUUGCCAACCCACAGUAAACAAAAUAUUUGAUUGGGGUGAUAAGAGGAGGGGGCAGUGUGAAGAGCCCCUUUUUUGCUGUAUUACACUUUGAAAAAGCUUCUAAGCUUCACAUUUACUUAUUUUGUAUAAAAGAAAUGGAAAAAAAUAAAGUACGUUUUGUGUUUCA